AAGGAUGUUUAGUGCGAAAUUUACGUGUAGUGACAUGAGAUUUGACACAUUCCAUUCGACGGAGGGCGAGAGAAGAGCGGACAGAGCUAAAUUUUGAAAAUGAGCAAGGUGCUGAGAAAGUUGUGAAUAUCAGAACUUUAAUUACUCCUGUAAAAUGUCGCAUAUUUGAUGAAAAAAAGUGUAUCGUGUGAACAAAUGAGAAAGUAAGAAGAAAUCUUAUAAAUGUAAUUUUAGGGAGUUUGUCUCUUAAGAAUUGUUGAUGAGGAGAGGAUUACAAAGAGAAAAAAGAGAAACAAAACGCGAUGGUACCUACCUUAAUGUGUUUUUCAUUAAUUUCUAGCUGUAAUGGAAGAUAAAGUUUAAUUUAAAGUUGUAUAUUUUGUAAAAUUCUACCAUGUAAGAUCUUAAGUUACGCGUUGGAGUAUAAAAAUCUUUGUAAAAUGUUAUAUAAAAGUGUCUAUAGAGUAGAUAAGUGAGAAAAUAACAAAGUUAAUGCAGUGAAAAGAAACAGAAACACAAGUUUAAUGACAAAGGAAGAAAAACCGGCGAGAAAUCUGAUAAAGUCAAAGAGAAAAGGAAGUGAGAAAACAAAUUGCUUGAAGCUUUUCUUUUUUAUUAUUUGAAAAAGAACUAUGUUAAAAUGGUAUUUUGUAAAAAUAUUGAUGAGUUUCUAUUUAAUACUUUGUUAAUUAUAUUUAAGAAGAGAAAGAGAGAGAGGGAGCGAGAGAGAAGGAACAGUGCAGAGAAUGUGAGGAAACGCCCACAAAUUCGUUAUUUGAUGAUAAGAGAGAAAGUUGAUUAUUUUACAGCAUUGCGUGUCUUAAUUUCUAUUUUUAUAUUCUCUAAUUUUUAAACAGCGCAAACUAAUUCCCAUUUUUUGUCAGUUGAUCUUUUCUUUACAAAUCAUGUCAAUAAUUUUAUUGAUUUUUAUCUUUUGAGAAUAUCAUUUUUGAUCUUUCACAAAGUAAACAACAAACUUUAUGUAUUAAUGAAGUAAUGGAUAAAAGGAAGGCGAAGAGAGAAAAUCGUGAAUAUAUUUAAAUAAAAAAGAGAGAAUAUUUAGUUAAGUGAUGAAAAGGUUUUAAUUUAAUUUACAAUUAAUAUACAGAAAUUAGUGAGUAUAGACAGAAAUCUAUCUGAUGUAAUGAGAUGGAGAAUGGAAAAUGUAUAAUUAAUACUUAAAAUUAUAUUUUCUGUAAAAAUAAAACUUAUGUAUUAAUUUUGUGGUUCCUGUGUCUAAAAUUUGCAACAAUAUAGCGCGUGUGAUGCAAGAACGUGCUAUUUACAGGCUUCGCCCGCGGAAGUGUGCAGGUCAAAACUCACUCCCUAUCAGAUUUCGCCACAAAAGAUCCCCUCCGGAUGCCGGAGAUCUGAUCUCUGACCUUCUCAGAGAGAAUUGGUAUGCUGAAAAUACCUCAAUCCGAAAGAUUUUGUCCAUUCCUGGGCCAGUUGUCGCAGUCUGAAGGUGUUUUCCGGGCGUGUUUAGUGAGCGAAAUGGCGAUAUUUGCCUGUAUAGUUGCACUGCUGAUUCUGUUCUGCUGGAUAGACUCGAGGAGACCACGAGGAUUUCCGCCAGGACCUCCAUGGCUGCCUAUUGUUGGCAAUUUUCCACUUCUAUUUCGCCUCAAGAAGUCCUUAAGCCACCAUCACAUGAUUUGGCAGCACCUGAGCGUCCAAUACGGGAGUGUUGUUGGACUACGUCUGGGCAGAGAUCGAGUUAUUGUUGUAUCCGGCUGUGAAGCCAUCCGGGAGUUCUAUAAUCGCGCCGAAUUUGACGGCAGGCCUGAUGGCUUCUUCUUCAGAGUGCGCUCAUUCGACCAGAGACUGGGUUUGGUGUUCACGGACGGUCAGGCGUGGGAGACACAGAGGCGCUUCUGCAUGAAAACGCUGAAGCAGCUGGGCUUUGGCAGGUUCAGCAUGGUGCAGCGCAUUGAGCAGGAGGCUGAAGCGAUGGUUGAGCAUCUGUGGAGGAAGAACCAGCGAGAUGGUGGCAUUUUCAUGCACAAUGCUUUCGAUAUUUGUGUGCUGAACGUCCUCUGGACUCUGAUGGCGGGCAAAAGGUUCGAUCUGGAGGAUAAGAGACUCACUGUGCUGAUGAAGCUCAUUCAUGAGAGCUUCAGGAUAAUCGACAUGUCUGGUGGAAUAUUGAAUCAAUAUCCUGCAAUCAGGCACAUUCUACCCAAUUUAUCAGGCUACAGACCUUUAGUGGAGGCUUUCAAGCCACUCUGGAGCUUCCUCAGGGAGACAAUUGAGGAAAUUCAGCUGGGCAAAGAGGAAUUCAGUGAGCCCAAGAGUUUAAUUGAUGCCUACGUGAGGCAAAUCACGAGUUCUCACAAUUCUGCAACCACUUUCACGGAGGAACAACUUCUAUCUCUCUGUCUGGAUAUGUUUCAAGCCGGAUCAGAGACCACCAGCAACACUCUGGCCUUCUCUCUCAUCUACAUGCUUCACUACCCCGAAGUGGCCAAGAGAGUCACAGAGGAAUUGAGAACGGUUGUAGGUUCUGGCUUCCCAAAGCUGCAGCACAGACCUCAUCUCAGCUACACCGAAGCGGUUCUCUGCGAGAUCAUGAGGUGCGUCAAUGUGGCUCCUCUGGCCAUCGUUCAUCGCGCCCUGGAAACGGUCAAGUUCAUGGGAUUCACCGUGCCCAAAGGCACUCUCGCUCUGGUCUCCCUGUACAGCCUUCACAUGGACGAGAAGGCAUGGGAGAGACCUCGAGAGUUCCUUCCCGAGAGAUUUCUCGACGAGAACGGCGUGCUAAUCAACCAUGAGGGCUUCCUUCCCUUCGGCUCCGGCAAGCGUCGCUGCAUGGGUGAGAAUCUGGCAAAAUCGAGUCUCUUCGUCUUCUUCGCAACCUUUAUGCAUGCCUUUGAGAUGGAAUUGCCAGAAGAUGCCGAACAUCUACCGGAUCUCGAGGGAGUCGAUGGCAUAACAUUGUCACCAAAGGCAUACAAAAUCAUCCUAUCGCGGCGAGUUGUUGCAUCGAAGAUCGCCCGAGCCAGUCGUGAUCGGCACAGUGAAUUUGCUUAUCUGGCGCGCAGUGUGGGAUCCGACACAGAGCCGCCAAGACGUUGCCCAAAGGAGUUGACUGCAGAAAGGCGUGCUCUUCAAUGUGAUUUACGUAAUACGAACAUCGCGAUGGACGGUACUUUAAUGCUUCUUGUGCUGCUCUUGUGCCUCCUUGUAGGACUUUUGCUGCUGAGAGAGUUCUGGCGCCCCAGGAAUUUCCCACCAGGGCCUCAGUGGCUUCCGUUCGUGGGAAACUCCCCACAGAUUCGACGGGAGGCCAGGAAGUUGGGGGGCCUGCACAGAGUGUACGAUCAAUGGACAAAGGAUUACAGUAGUCCAGUGCUGGGCAUGAAGAUGGGCGGUAAUUUCUACGUCGUGGGCUCAUCUCAUGCCAUCGUGCGGGACAUUCACAUGCGAGAGGAGUUCGAGGGGCGGCCAAAGAAUUUUUUCAUGCGCCUCCGAACGAUGGGUUCAUUGCGCGGCAUCACGUGUGUGGACGGAGCCAUGUGGGCGGAACACCGAGCAUUCACCGUGAAACACUUGCGAAAUGCCGGCUACGGACGCCAGCCAAUGGAAGUGUUGAUUGAGGAGGAACUCGGUGAUCUGCUCACCUUGAUAGAGUCGCAAGGAGAGAAGGAGGGCAGUUUCUGGCCGGGAAAGUAUCUCCCGGUGUCCGUGCUGAAUGUCCUGUGGACUUUCACGGCUGGGAAGCGCCUUGGCAGGGAGGAUGAUAGGAUUGAGAGGUUGCUGGCACUUCUUCAGCAGCGCUCUAAGGCCUUUGAUAUGUCUGGAGGAGUGCUGUCAUCGAUGCCGUGGGUGAGAUUCCUGGCGCCCGAGUGGAGUGGAUACAAUUUAAUCCGGAGAUUCAAUGAGGAGUUGAAGGAUCUGCUUAUGGAGGCGAUUGAGAGACACCAUGAAACAUAUAGCGAGGAAAAAUCAUCGGAUGACCUCAUUUAUGCCUUCAUCAAGGAAAUGAGGGCUCAGAGUGGUCACACAGACUCCACAUUUACCGAUAUUCAACUCUCAAUGGUUAUCCUGGACAUCUUCAUUGCAGGAUCUCAAACUACAAGCACCACUAUCGAUCUGGCACUCAUGAUGCUCCUCAUCAAUCCCGCGAUUCAGGAGAAAAUCAGUAGAGAAAUCUCAGAGAAUGCCCAGAAAUUACACUUGAACACACUCACGGCAGCUCAGCACGGGAACUUUCCCUUCACGGAAGCAUAUCUGAUGGAGAUUCGUCGCUUCUUCAAUGUUGUCCCCAUAUCUGGACCACGCAGAGCAACAAAGGAAACUCUAUUGGGUGGUUAUACAAUCCCCAAGAACUCCACAAUUCUCAUCAAUCUCCACUCAGUGCACAUGGAUGAAGACUUCUGGGGAGAUCCCAAGGUUUUCCGCCCUGAGAGAUUUCUUACCGAAGAUGGAAAGAUCUGCAAUGUGGAGAGACUCAUGCCAUUCGGCCAGGGAAAGAGACGAUGUCUCGGUGACACUCUAGCUCGUGCGUGCAUCUUCACUUUCUUCACUGGCAUCGUACAGAGAUUUAAGCUGUCCACACGCAAUGAAGAUGAGAAGCCAGAUGUUCAUCUUCUGCCUGGAAUCACUCUCUCGCCUAAGCCGUACAAAGUGUUCUUUGAGAAGCGGGAAAAGCUCUCUUACUAA